AUGUCCAAAGAACCAGUGACAUUUGCGGAUGUGGCUGUGGACUUCACCCAGGAAGAGUGGCAGCAGCUGGAUCCUGCUCAGAAGACCCUGCACAGGGAUGUGAUUCUGGAGACCAGUAGUCACCUGGUGUCAACAGGACGUUCAGGUAUGAAACCAUAUGUAAUCUUCAAGUUGGAACAUGGGGCAAACCCUUGGAUCAUAGAGAGACAGUUGUCAAUGUGGCUUUACCCAGACAGAGAGAAAAGCAUUGAAUCUUUCCAGCAGAUCAUUUCUAGUGAACUUUCAUUUCAAAGGGAGAUAUUGGGAAGAGCCCCAAAGGAUAAUUCAUUGUAUUCCAUUUUAAAAGUCAGGCAUAUUGAUAAUGAAAUAGAUAGAUAUCAAGGAAAACAAGACAGAGUUUUGAGGCAGGUCACAGUCACCAGCAAUGAAACAUUAACUGAGGAUACAAGCCCUAAAUAUAAUGUAUUUGGAAAAAUAUUUGAUAGAUGCACAGACCUUGAUCAUUCAAGUAAAAACCUCCAUAAUUUUGAUUCAUGUGAAAAGACUUUGAAGUCUAAUUUAGACUCACUAAGUUUUAAUAGGAACUAUGCACGAAAGAACCCCAUUAAAAGAGUGCGAUGUGGGAGACAACCUAGCUAUAGUGCUUCUUGUUCUGUGCUUGAGAAUAUUCAUACUGGAACAAAACCCCGUGAAGAUAGUCAAUGUGGAAAAGUUCUCAACCAUAAGCAAGCCCAUAUUCAGUCUAAGAAAGUUCAAGCUGGGGAGAAAUCCACUGUUUGUAUUGUGUGUGGGAAGGGCUUUAUCAAGAAGUUACAGCUCAUCACACAACAAAGAAUUCAUACUGGAGAGAAACUGUAUGUAUGUGGAGAUUGUGGAAAAGGUUUUAUCGAGAAAUCACACCUCAUUGUGCAUCAGAGGAUUCAUACUGGGGAGAAACCUUAUGAGGGUACUGAGUGUGGGACAGCCUUCUCCCAGAAGUCACCCUUUAUUGUACAUCAGAGAGUUCAUACUGGGGAAAAACCUUAUGAACGUUUUGAGUGUCAAAAAGCCUUCUCCCAGAAGUCACAUCUCAUUAUACAUCAGCGAGUUCAUACCAGAGAGAAACCCUUUGAAUGCAGUGAAUGUGGGAAAGCCUUCUGUGAGAAGUCUCACCUUUUCAUACACCAGAUAACACAUACUGGGGAGAAACCCUAUGAAUGUACUGAAUGUGGGAAGACUUUCCCUCGGAAGACACAGCUCAACAUACAUCAGAGAACACAUACUGGAGAGAAACCUUGCAAGUGUAGUGGAUGUGGGAAAACCUGCCAAAAGUCCAACAUCAUAGGACAUCAAAGAAUUCAUACAGGAGAGAAACCGUAUGUAUGUACUGACUGUGGGAAGGCCUUUUCUCAGAAGCCACACCUUACUGGACAUCAAAGACUUCAUACUGGCGAGAAACCUUAUAUAUGUACCGAAUGUAGAAAAGCCUUUUCCCAGAAAUCACCUCUUAUUAUACACCAGAGAAUUCAUACUGGGGAGAAACCCUGUGAGUGUAGUGAAUGUGGCAAAACCUUCUUCCAGACAUCACCUCUCAUUAUUCAUCAGAGAACUCAUACAGGGGAGAAACCCCAUAAGUGUGGGAGGACCUUUUCCCUGAAGUCACACCUCAUUAUACAUCAGAAUCAGAGAGCUCAUACAGGAGAGAAAUCAUAUGAAUGUAGUGAAUGUGGGAAGGCCUUCUGUGAGAAGUUUCCACCUGUUACACAUCAGAAAACCUGUAGUGGGGAGAAACCCUCUGAAUGUGCUGAAUAUGGGAUGUCCUUUUCCCAAAAAUCACAGAUGAUUACGUAUCAGAGAACACACACUGGGGAGAAACCCUCCAAAUGCAGUGACUGUGAGAAGGCCUUCUGUCAGCAUGUACACCUCACUGGACAUCAGAAUUCAUUUAGGAGAGAGACCUUAUAUAUGUACUGA